AUGGUACUUUUUACCAUAUUGAAAAUACUCCCAUUAUUCUUCACUGUGACAUUCGGUCAAGGAAAUAUUACCACUAACGAGCUACUGCAAGAUCGUUCGAAAUAUGGCGGGAACAUCACCUUUGACGACCCGGGCCGACCGACCCUCGCGUACCCAACCUCCCUCGGCUUCCUAUUCAUCUUCAUAACCAUCCUUAUCGGCGUUGUAGUAAGAGCUAUAAUGCUAUCAACCAGCAUGUGCAUACCAUACCGCGUAGUGAUGUUCUGCCUUGGCGGAUUAGCUGGAUUCUGCGCCAACCGCUUUCCAGACUUCAAACCCUUCGUAGAUAUCUGCUACGUCGAUGUCGACGUCCUUUUACUAACAUUCCUACCUAUAAUCGUCUUUAACACGUCCUACAAUGUGGACUCCCAUUCGUUUUGGAGAUGCUUCCCCCAAAUUUUGCUCGUCGGAGUACCAGGGGCGUUGUUAACUGCUCUUAUGGCAGCGUUCAUAGCGUACCACCUGAUAGAUUCUUCGUGGAAUCUCCCUACUGCCAUCUUGUUUGGGGUCGUCUGCUCUCCGAUAUAUCCUAUGGAAGUAGUGAAACAGUUGAAGGAGAUGACCAAAGGGAAGUACAUAAGCGUGCUGCUACUGGGUGAAGGGUUGAUAGGAGAUGCGACGGUCAUGAUUGAGUUUACAGCAGUUUUUGGGUACUUAGCCUUAGCUGUCACUGAUGCGUCCCAGAUCGCGUUGCUUUUGCUUCGGUACGCUGGCGGAGGGCUUCUUCUUGGCUUUGCUAUGGGAAAGAUAUCAGGGACUUUACUGUCUCUGACCUAUUACGACCUGUUAUGUGCUGUGACUGUGACGCUGUCUACUGCCUACCUCACGUAUUACAUAGGAGAGAAGUUCUUAUACGUGUCAGGACUCUUGGGGACUGUCAUAGCUGGUGUGCUAGUGAGCUAUAGGAAGUCGACUGUGGCGGGGGAGGUGGAGCAGGUGGUGGCUCACUUCUGGAGCAUACUGGCUCAUACGGCGAAUACCCUCGUGUUUACUAUGGUGGGGGUGGUGAUAUUCGAGAAAGUGAGCUAUGGGAUGAGCAUGCGCCAAGUGUCGCUGGUGUUUGUGACGUAUACCACUGUGUAUUGUUCCAGGCUGCUGGUGUACACAGCAAUGAUGCCGCUUCUCCGCCACGUGGGCUAUGGCAUGACAUGGCAACACUGCAUGGCUUGCGUGUGGGGCGGUCUCAGAGGCCCGCUCUCCCUGUGCCUAUCGCUGAUCAUCCUCCACAUCCCUACUGUGGCUGACGCUGGUGACAUCUUCAUAAUCCAAACGGCUGGACUGGUUCUUCUCUCCCUACUAAUCAAUGCCACCACCAUGGGCAAGGUUCUCAAGAUGCUUGGCUUGGCCGAGAUCUCUUUGGCCAAGAAAGCGAACAUGACGAACUGUGUCAAGCGCAUCAUGAUGACCAGGGACCGGUGCAUAUCCAUGCUGAAGAUGGACAAGUUCUUGGCGGAUGCUAACUGGGACUUGGUUCAAGAAGGCACUACAAUAAAGCACCCGUACCAGCUCCAAAUAUCCGGUCGGGAGGAAGACAGCGAGGAUGACACGUAUAUGGGGUACCACUACUCCACGUGUCCCGACUGCGAGCGAGAGAUUCCCAACGAGCCUACGAAGAAGGAAUUCGCUGAGAUGAUGAGGGAAGCUAACCAACGAGUCCUCAAAGCGAUGAAGAUAUCCUAUUGGCGCCAGUACGAGCACGGUAAGAUAAGCAAAGAUGGCGUCAGGACGCUCGUGCAAGCCGUCGAAGUUGCCACAGACUCUGAAAAUGGAAGGGUUAAUCUGGACCAGCUGGGGACUUUGUGGAAGCCAAAGGCACACGCAGUCUGGUUACGUCACAAGCUGGUAAACGUCAUGACGCCCGAAGCAGCGAACGCUCAAGUGCCGCGUCACCCGCUGCGUCAGCGCUGCUACCGGAUCGUGACCAGCGUGUGGUUUGACAUGUUCAUCUACCUGAUGAUCCUGUGUAAUACUCCCGUGAUACUCUGCGAGGUGGCUAUGAAGUCGCCAGCUAAGAUUUACACGCACGUCAUUAAGGGGUUGAACUUAUUCUUCUACAUCAUCUACGUAUUCGAGAUGAUCUUAAAAAUGAUUGCAUUCGGCGUUUGUGGGUACUUCAAGUCCCACUGGAACAAGCUGGACUUCUUCAUCAUUGCGAUGGCUACUGGUGACUUGGCAUUGGACAUAGUAGAUACUGUGACUCCUUGGGACAAGUGGAACAACUUCAAUUCCAGCGUCCUGACGGCCACGAAACUGUUGAGGAUGCUGCGGUUUCUUAGGCUUUGCAAGUUGGCUCGGGUUUCAGUCCCAAAAAUCAUGGCAUACAUAGAUCGGAUGAUAGAUAUCCAGCUAGCCUAUGGCUAUGAUGUCGGAAAGGGUUUCGUCACAGGAGAGCAGGAAGUAUGCAACUUGCUGCCCCAGCUGGUAGAUAACAAGCAGAUACAGGAAACCUUGAAUGCAAGGUUGGAAGCAGAUCGUUUAGCAGUGACGCGUCAGCUGGGACUCCUCCAAAGAGACCGGCCGUGGACCGCCAUCACCGUAAAGACCCGCCAAGCUACCACCUCCACCCUGAACAUUAUGAUGCUGGACGCUAUGCAGCUGAAGGAAGAAGGUUUCCUAGAUGAAAUGGAAUAUCGUUUAUUAGUAAAUGCGAUACAGGAAAAAGUUCAAAUGUGCCGACAUAAAGGCAGUCUAGUUGCACCGUCUUCACCUGAAACUCAACUUCGGGCCGUCUCAUGGCUACAAGGAAACGAGAGAGCAGCGGAUUUCUUUCUGGAAAACUCGGAAAUUAUGAAUUAUAAUUACAACGACAUCCUCAUCUCACGAGGCGACGAGCCCAAAGGCCUUUACAUACUGGUCUCUGGCCUGCUGGAAGCCACGUAUGAGCCACCAGAAGGUGACAUGGACGAGGCCAUACCCAACUACGAGUUCCUGACCGACCUGAAGUUCGGAGACCCCAGUCAAGACUACAUAGUGUCGGGAAACGCCAUCGGAGUACUGGGGGUGCUGACGAGUCGCCCCUACAACUACACAGUGCGUUGCGACUCCGCCGUGCAAGCCUACUACAUCACCAUGCCGAUCAUCAAGGAGGCCUUCAACCUAGCUCCACAUCCUAUCAUGGGUCUGGAAGCAGCGAUGUGGCGAGAGAUCGGCAUAAAGCUGGCGAUGAUGGUGCUACCCACCGUGCCGGCUUACCACGGCUGGUCGGUGGAGAAGUUGAGCAUGCGACUGGAGCAUGCCUUUGUGCCGUGUCUUAAAGCAUUCAAGGUGUUUGUAGUGAAUGAGCUGAUGGAGGACAUAAUCCUGAUUGACGGGGUCUGUCAAGAUAUGGCCACUCGGGAAGUGUUCCAGCCUCCUUGUUACAUACCCAGGACAGCCCACCGCCUGAUCUUCCCAAAGUCCUCGCAGCUGAUGGUGUCCAACUCCUGCCCCGAGACCAUGCUGCUCAUCGUCCCGGCCAAGGAUGCGGAUGAGCUGGACAUCAUGGAAGACGAGCUGGAUGACUUGCAGUGCGAACUGGUUUCCAACGUGUCCUCCCGCUGCCUGUACCACAAAGUGGUCCGCAAGCUGUCAAGCGACUCUCGUGGCGCGGUGGCGCGGCGCGGGCGCAAGCGGCGACGCGGGAAUGCAAGGAGAGUGAACUAUAGAGAGUCUAUGUGGGGGAAGCAGACGUCGAGCGCGCCCGGCAUCGGGACUGAUCAAAGCGAGAAAGAACUCAGUUCUAAAUAUUACAAGCCCAGCCUCGUAGACAUGCAACCCGAAAAGUUGGAGUCGACUCGUCAGAAAAGUGAGGUGAGGAUCACCGAGUCCGGUACACCAGAAGAAGAGCUCUACAACACAUUGCUUACGAAGCUCAAGCGAUCUUCGCUUGAAAAGCGAUAAAUCGUUACGAAAUCAAGGUAAAUCAAUUAUUAUUAAUCAAAUCAA